AUGGCCUUUGUGCCGUUCGCUCAGUUGGCGCUAAAAUGGGGAAUACCAUCAGAUGGAAUUUCUUGGACUGGGGAAUCCAACUUCACGGACGUCGAAUACAAGCUGGAACGUCACGGAGGUGAUAAUCCCAUGUCCGCACCAAUCGUUUGGACUCCAGUUGGCUCCUGUCAGUCGGAAACAGUUGCAGUCGUCAUUCCAUUCCGAAACAGAUACGCUAAUCUCUCCGUCUUUCUCAACCACAUGCAUCCUUUCAUGCGGCAUCAACGUCGACGGUACACAAUCUAUGUGAUUGAACAGGUAGGUAGAAAUUAUCUGAAUUUCCUAGCUACAGCGCCGGCCAAAGCCUCACUUUCUCUCCCCUUUUCGGCCGGCCAGUCAUCUGACGCUUAGAUCGGCUGUCAUGUUUGGCGCAGCAUGAGCCCCAUGCCUAUGCCUGCGACCAAAUUCCCCAGUAGUUUUGGAUUGGCCAAAAAACUGCGCAGCCUGAUAGACUCGUUCCGUGGAUUCGAAUUUCAUGUGUAUAAACCUCAACGGCAUAACUAUGCGCGCAAAUCACACUCGCAGUACAAAACAACAAUGGUACGCUUAACGCACCAUACUUCUAAAGCGGUUUUAGUACAUUUGUUAAUGCAUAAAAUGUCUUAAAACAUCUGCUCAGAUAUGUAGGGGAGAUUAUAUCAAUGUAAAGAAAGAAUGUUGCGUCCAUUCCAAUCAACCUGGCUAUCGUCAACCAGCCAUCUCCUAACUGCCUGGCUGGAAGCACCUUAUAUUUAAAUACGGUUCAUUCCAGCAUUCGGCACUGGGACUGAGAAAUUUACCGGUUCAAUCAUAAGAUAGUAUCAAGUCGGUUGACAUCGGUUUUACCUUUGCCUGCGGCACCCGCUGUGAUUUUAAAGUCACUUACAAAAGUUGCAUGUUUCUCUUUAUGCGCAAAGUGGCUAAAGCUUAUAGAAUGCGAAGCUGCAAUAGGCGACCUAUUCCACAUAAUGCUCACGAAAUUCUGAUGCUUAUUAAUGAGGGAGGAUUACUUAAGAGGGGUUGUCGAUGAUAAGGCUGUAAAGCAGGCAUGCUUACCGGGAUGUCCAUAUUAGUGGAUGAAGGUCGACUGAAGGUUGGGUUAUAUGAAUGUCCACGUGUGCGUACAAUGCGUCAGUUAGAAAACCUUUCCAAACACGCAUUUCAGACUGUUUGUACAUACGCAAAGGCCACACCUGCACACCCCUCCCCUCAUUGAAACAGUUCUCAUUGGCCUCUAUUAACCCUACAGGAUAAACCCGAGACAUUCAAUCGGGCUGCACUCCUUAACAUCGGGUACAGGGAGGCAGUGAAAGCAGCCAAUUAUUCUUGCUUCGUUUUCCACGAUGUUGACCUCCUACCCGAGGAUGACAGAAUGCUAUACGCGUGCGAGGAUCAGCCCCUCCACAUGUCUGCAGCUAUCGACAAAUUUAAUUACUCGUAAGUCCUUCAUCCUCAUUUUUAUAGUUUGCUGAACGGUGGUACACGGCAUAUGUUCUCCCGAGUCAUGCCUGUUUGGAUAUUGGUUGUCGCUGAGUCAGGUUUCCAGUGAGAAGUUUCCCAAGUCACAAGUAAAUGGGAUAGAUGGGGGUAGCACAGCGUUAAUUCUGGCUUGGACUGCGCAGAGGCAACCAAGGUAGAGGCGAGAUCGAAUGUUCCACCACGUCCGCAGCCAGCUGUUAUUGUUUCGUCUGGCAGCAGGAAGCGAGUGCAUGCGCGUGAACGGUGUCUGACUGCGACCAAUCAGUGACGAGCAAAGUAGCAAUCGGCGGCACAGUGACACCAAACCGAGUGGUCGAGCCGGACGCAGAAGAGGAGUGCGCGGUGUUUCGGUCGCUGUCGAUGGGUCGAGUACACGGCGGGAAAUUUUACAUUAUAUCAGGCACUAUUGUUCAUAUUACGGUCGUCCAGGGGCGGCUUUGCUAUCGAUUCAGGUAACGGAAAUGCUUCCUGCAGUAGCAGCGGGUCUUUCAGCUUCAUGUCUUGACGACUCUAGGUUUCUAUCAAUUUGGUCAAAGAGAAUGCGUUAUUUUCAAGGAAAAAAAUAAGACUAUAAUGAAGAAGAAGAACAUGAUGAUUAGGAUAGUGUAGAUGCCACUGCUGUAACAGGAUGUCUAUUGGCCUGACGUUUGGUGUACUCAUUCGAACCCAUCACCAGAGACAGUACCACAUACCGGUAGUGGAGGCACAAAUACUGCAGUAUUUAUAGAACGUCGCUGCCACGGCGCCACAUGCGUAUUACAAGUAACAGUUAUCAGGAUCACCACAGCGGGAGGAGGUUCGCAAUAGAGGAGUUGAUGUACCGUCAGUCCGCGUCAGAGUCGUUACUUUCUGCAAUUGCAUCAUCCGCGGUAGAUGUGUGCGUGACGAUUUCUCUGCCAUUGGGAUUGUUGGUUACCCACGUCCUCCCCACGUGACUGAUUUCGUUGCUCAGAGAAUGUUUCAACACGAAACAUGGUACCGGGAUGUCUUUGAGCUUGUUGAUUGAUUGCGGGCCAGAGAUCCAUGACUUGAGCAGCUCGCGGCUCACGAAUUAUCCGCUACGUGACAACUGGCAUCUUUCCUCUUCACCGCUGCUACGUGUUCAGCCAUCCACGUACGGGCUAAUCUCCCAAUGUUUCCGACGUACUUGCUCUGUUCGCAAUUGCACCAGAUCCGCUUUCGACCUCAAGACUUGACGCCUGAUGUUUGCAUCCGGUCUGUGCAGAACCCCAACUUCAAAUGGAGUGGGAAGACGACUGACGGCAUCCGAAGCCUUAUUCAUCUACGGCAUAGCCCGUCAAAAUUGGCGCCGGUCGGAUUUGGUCUUUAUUCUCGCUACCGUAUGCACUGGUUGAAAAAUGUGCGCGGGUAGCCACUGUCUCUCUGUUCGCGUCGAAGAUAUAGUAAUUCGGCAACCUUGUCUUCCGUUGCACCACAAUGCAUCUGAACGCUCAAGUAUUAUCCUCUUACGCAACUGCGUUUGUGACCGAUCGGAUGGUUACUGUUAGAAUUCAGUACCGACACCGUGUUUGUCUCUUUCCUAAACACAUGGGUUUUUGGCCAUGACAAGCUUUGCGGCAAGCGAGGACAUCCGAUAAGGUUAGCAGGUUGUUUUCUUCGUACUCCAUCGUUAAUUGAAUGUCCUAAAAGACGGCGUUAAAGCAUUCUUUGAAUGUCAGCACCUGAUCUCGUUCGAGGACAUCAAAUCUAUCAUCCACACACCGAGCCCGAAAUUCCAGUCUGUGUUGUCAGAAAGCUAGCAAUCUAAUCGCUGUAGAAUAGCCUCGGCUAAACGCCCCGAAAGCGGCGAACAUGUUGGUGUGCCCCACACCUGUUCGUAAAUUGUUCCAUCGAAAGUCCGGUACAGUUUGUGACAGGACUGCUGGAUUUGGAUGAUUUGGGCGAGUCCUAGGCGAUUCUCCGUUUCAUCUUUCUUGUCUCGUGAGAGUAGCCCGACGAUCUCGACUGCCAUGUCCUGCGGGAUAGAAGUAAAAAGGGACGUGACAUUGAAAAAUACCGUGACGCCUUUUAUCCUUCUCCAAGUAUUGUGUUGAUGAGCUGACUGUGGUGUUCAAAUCUGAGGUCAGAAAUUUGACACGUCAAAGUAGCCACUUUGCUCUUAUGAAGGCCGGAGUGCCUUUUCGUGAUACAAUUGGCCGGAGAGCAGUGUCUGCUUUGUGUACUGUUCGGGGACCGUAGGAUCGGGUAAGGGUCUUUUCUUGCGUCCCCGCCACUCGUCGGUUGAUCGGUGCUAUUUCAUAUGAGUUCACCACUGCCAACAGUGUCGCGUUGAUCUCGAAUGUGAGCGUCUUUUUGGGGUUGUAUUCGAACGGUACAUGGGACUGACGACCCUCUAACAAGCCUUUGGCUUCCCGAAUGUAAUUUAUCCAGUCCAAUUUUGAUCGUGGAAAACCCCUUGUCCACAGGCACGACAACGAGAUCAUUGUCGGCCAUGAGUUCCUUAAGUACAUCACGUUCGACCUUGGAAAGUACGUUGCGCGAUCUAUGAUCUGUGAGGAGGAAUGACCCUUGGUGUCAAAAAUGUCCUUCGUCUCGGCUGUCGCUUUGGUCUGGUUGAAAAUGAACUCCACUGCGGUAAUCAUGCUGGCAGGUUUGGCAUCGGCUCUGUUGAAUGAGGUCUCAUGCCGUACACCUGCAUCUGUUCAUCAGUCAGCACUUGUGACGACAGGUUUUGCAUUCCUUUGUCGUUCGUGGAUGACGUUGGGGUAGGCAGCUUACGAAAUGUGUUCUCUGGUGCUCUACUGCGUGUCGUUCUCUGUUCGUGGUUUACCGUUCUCUCCCAUGAAGUCGCAGCACCUUGCCUUCCCUUGGUCAAUACUCUGACGGUAUUUGGGAAGGCUUGAGGGACAGUCUUGGAGGAGCACUUGGCUCAUUCGUCUGUCUUGAUUAAGUGUUGCGCGUAUCGUCAGCUCUUCCUCAACCUUCGGCAACGCAUUCUUAUUGAGACACCUGUGCAGAGACAGAAUCUGCGUGUAUGUAGACAACUCUAACAGGACAAAUAUUUUCCACCGUCGGGCCCAUCUGAGUACAUCGUUCUCAAGGAAUUGUCGAUUGAUGCAAACAGGCGAUUUCCAAGAAGUAGUUCAGAAGAAGAAGUAGUAGUAGUAGAAAAAGAAGAAGAAGAAGAAGAAGAAGAAGAAAAAGAAGCGUUUAUUGUUCAGUACCGCUGUAGUAUACAUUAAAAUGCCUUAAAAUUCCGCAGACGCUGCGUCUUAUUGUUGUAUUUUCUAGUUUUCAUAUCUCAGUAAUAUUUCUGUCUAAAGUUAUGAAAGCACCUUUAAAUGAACAUAUUUUUUACAUAGGAUUACAUCUGGCAGUUUGUGGCGAUGUAUCGUCCAGUCCAAUUUCAUUAACUAAACGUCCAUUAGAGACCUACGCUAUUUCGAAUUUAUUUGGCUACGGUAAAUUUAAGAAAUCAUGCUUUUGCACCCAUUAGAUACGCAAUCGCACGAUUAUACGACGAAAUAUGAUAGAACUUUGCUUUGGCAGAGUAUUUAUUCCGAGUACCAGUCAAUAAUUCCCAUCAAAUGUCAGUAGUUCUGUACUCUACUCCUUUUAUCUUGGACCUACUACAUACACAACUGAAAUGCGGUUGUCAUUCUGCUAAAAACUACCCCAACGUGUGCCUGAUAUUUUACAUCAGGAAAUAAUGCCUAGCUAAGAAGUCAAGGGAUGUGUUUCAGUCCAGUUUGAAUAUCUUCAAGACGAGUUGAAUUGCUUUAAACUCUUUUGUUUUAAACAAAAGGUUUCCUACUAAGUUUUAGAUGCAACAGAUUCACAAUCUAUGCUAUUUAGCUCUCCUGUAGUUUUUUGCGGAAUGGUAUCAGACGUUUACAGUAACCACUAUGCAUCUGCGUUAGACUAAAGAAAACGAUUGCUUUAGUAUUUUGGACAAAGAUUGCAUAUGGAAGUUAUGCUUAAAGUACUAUGACGGGUCUGCUUAUUUGGUUUUGGAAGGCAUGUUAUACCGUGGGAAUGUUUCCGGCUUAGCUAAUGAAAACAAUAGAUUGAGGGUAUGCGUUUAGCUUAAACCUAAAUUUAGGUUCUCAUUAAUUUUUAUUAUUAGGGGAAUAUUUGUGGUUGCGGUAAAGAUCGUCACUAGCGUUGAAUUUGUCUGCUGCGUACCGCCCUUCCCAUUCAGGUAUUAACCAGUAACCUUGAGUUUCUUGUUUCUUCAUUCGUUUACAUGCAUCUAACUUGCGUGUCGACCUACGGAAACUGAGUAAUAGGUGCGUCAGUGAUCGGCAUGCAGACGCCACACAUCAAACAUUAGAAGAAUAUAUUCCGAAUGGGAUGCCAUUAUAAUACCGAGUGAGAUAAUAAAGGGGUACAGAAACGGGGGAGAAAACGGAUAGGAGUAGUCUAAGUCCUAACAAUAAGAUUACGAAAGGGAGGAAAGCAGCCGACUGCAUAAACGAGAGGAAACAUCAGACACAUUAAUCAAUAUUAGAACCCUGUUGAUUUUCCGGGUUGUUUGUAGGCUUUGAAGGUGGCCCUGAAAAGGGAAAUAAAAGUAUUGAGUGACAAAAAGUACCAUUGAGCGGGUAGGUUCGUGGCACUAGUAUCUUUUAAAUUGCGCGGUCUGUUCUGGCACUCUGCUGGAGUAAUAAAACAAAGGCGGCAGGAACGGGAGUUUUCUCGACGGUAUCCGCAAAUUCCAUUUAUUUCGGUGUCCGUCUGCUCGUAAUAUCCUUCCCGUAUUUCUGGAGUUCCUGUAUUAUUUCAUAUAAAAUUCCGAAAUUACAACCCUUAUAACAGUAGUUUAUUUUGCGCUCAUUAUUUUAUUGUAAAAUUGAGAAUUUUGAUUUCCUUAACCCAGUCUGCCCUACGAAACCAUCUUUGGUGGGGCAGUGGCGAUGGCAAGAAGGCAUUUUGAAAGUGCGCUUGGAUAUGCAAACACUUACUUUGGAUGGGGCGGCGAAGAUGACGAUAUGUACAGGCGUCUCACAUUCUCCAAACUAACUUUGACGCGACGCAACUGCACAAUUGCUCGUUACAAGAUGAUGAAGCAUGUCAGAGAUGCUGGAAACGCAGAAAAUCCUAACAGGUAUUAAAAACGAUAUUUAAGACGCUUUAUACAUGUUUUCUCCGACGACAUGUUUAAGCUUAACACAGCAAAUCUCUGUUUUUUUACUAGGAGGCAGCGACUCAACAAAGCUCGAGAAAUGUGGCGCAGUGAUACCUACUUACAUGUCCAGUAUGCAAUUCGGCAGCGAACAGUGAAAUACGAUGGCCUUUACUGUUACAUCAAGGUUGAUAUUUUGUAUCCAACCGUGGAAUAUUCGAGGGAAUUAGCGUAACCGCCAGUAGACAGCAGAACAUAAAUUAAUCAGAGUCUAGCCUACAGACUUUGCAUUCUUGUCUGCCGUACGGCAGUAUUUUGUAUCAGCCAAAUUUAACAAAUGAUGACACUAAGCAUCCACUAAUAUCUCGAUAUGUAUUUACUCUGGCGAAAGAGCAAUUAACAGCCCACAUCUAGGAAAAUAUUACAUAAUUUCAUUCAUCAGUGGUGGUGUUCUAUUUCCUAUCGUGGAUUAAAAGUGGCCAGAGAUAAGAGCUGUCGUUAAGGAUGGGCAUGAUGCGAAUGAAGGUCGGUUUGCUGUCUGACAGAGCAUUGGGAAAACUGCUAUCCACCAUAUUCAGUGGCAUACGCCAGUGCCUUUUGACGAAAACACAUUUGGGAUGGGCUUGUAGAAAGGAGUUUGGCGCCAAGCAUGAAUGCAUUCGCUGAUCUGAUGCAAGUCAUUUGUCUGCGCAUGUCACACUCGUACAUGUAAUUUGAUUCGAAUGCUUCGUUUCCCACUGCGGUUAAUACAAGGGUGUGAUACAAGUCAAGUCAGAAGAUGAAAAGACCAGCAUCGAAUGUAGUUUCACUCGCUUGGCUGUUGGGGACAUUAGUUUAAUGCCUUUUAGUCUAACGUGCUUUUCGCUUUGCCAGAAGCUCCUGAAUUCGUCCGAAUUCAAAGAAUUUUUCCUCAGAUUUUCCGGUAUGCCGAUUCUAUGCAAAUGCCUCUUAGAUCUCUUAAGUAAGUUGAGGGUUUAGGGGGGGGGGGUUAUUCGUCUACCCUGUUUAUAUGCGGCAGAGGGGCGUUGCAAAAUGAGUCAGUUCUGUAGGUACCUCAGUCAUCUUUAGAAUGUGGCCGAUCGAUCGCAUCUGGAUCUGUUUCAAUAGGGCUCAUGAAUUUAGGAAACCGGUUGACAAAGGACUUGGGCAUCCGCAAUACGAGGGGACAUACGCGCCUUGUCAGAUUAAGGGGAAAAUAUAUCGAUUUUGUCGCACACCUACUCGAUGAGAAUCACCAACCUUGACGCCAAACAAGCUUUUUCGGGUUACUAAUCGGACACCAGCAAAGUAGUGCAGCUGUUUCUGUCAAUGGGUGUUAGAAAAAGCCGGCACAUUGACCAUUUGGAUGAUGAAUCACUGCUUCGUCGUCAGAAGACGUUGGUGCAAAUGCCUAAUCUUCCGAAGCCAACGCCGAUCCAAAGUGGUGAUCACCUGGCCAACGCGUAAAGGGCCAUGAUUUCACAUAAAGAAGGCAGAGACGUUGGUGCAAAUGCCUAAUCUUCCGAAGCCAACGCCGAUCCAAAGUGGUGAUCACCUGGCCAACGCGUAAAGGGCCAUGAUUUCACAUAAAGAAGGCAGGGUGGUAUGCGCUCGGCUGUUCUGAGUAAGGGAAUACCUGCGUCGGCCUUGAAUAUGAGCCGUAAAUUUACAAAGCAGCAAUUCGUUUAACACCACCCCAUGCUGAAGUAUUUGACAGACAGGGUGUCAGUUUUAUAACAGUCGCCGAAAAUGGAUUUAAUACACUUAAAUAAGCCACUCUAACAAAGCGAUACUGCUAGCAAGGACUAGAAUUGCAGAAGACCUAAAAAGUUGUCUGGAAGUCAGUCAUCUAUAGUUGGCAAACGAAGAUCGAAAGUGGGACGGAUCUAAACAAUGGAGCUACAUUCUAAGUACAUCGGCGACUAACAAAAGGUAAACCUCGGCGUCCCUAAUAUUUUAUGAAAUUUCAAAAGGUGGCAACGAAGUGCAGCAUUUUACUGGUCACCUUCCGUUGAUUGCUGAGAUUCGUUUUCUUAACCAGUGGUUUCCUAAAAAGCCCAAUUUACUUACUUGCACGAAUGCAAUUAUGCGGGAUUCACUCCUUACGAGAAACGUGCUGGUGUCCCGCUAUAUAUACAUAUAUCAUCAUGAGUGAAGAUUCGAAGAUUAAAAGUGGCCAGAGCCAAGACGGAUCGGUAAGGAUGGGAAUGAUGAGAAUGAAGGUCGGUUUGCUGUCUGACAGAGCAUUGGGAAAACUGCUAUCCACCAUAUUCAGUGGCAUACGCCAGCGCAUUUUGACGAAAACACAUUUGGGAUGGGCUUGUAGAAAGGAGUUUGGCGCCAAGCAGGAAUGCAAUCGCUGAGGUUUGUCUGCGCUUGUCACACUCGUACAUGUAAUUUGAUUCGAAUGCGUCGUUUUCCACUGCGGUUAAUACAAGUGUGUGAUACAAGUCAAGUCAGAAGAUGAAAGGACUAGCAAAGAAGACAGUUUGAGUGGCUUGUCUGCUGAUGACAUUCGUUUAAUGCCUUUUAGCCUAGCGUGCUUUCCGUUUUGCCAGAAGCUUUUGAAUUCGACCGACUUUGAGGACUGAUGCCUCAGAUUUUCAUGCAUACCGAUCCUGUGCAAUUGUGCCUUAGGUCUCUUGACUGAGCUGGGGGUUUAGGGUGUAACUUUCUGCAGCCUGUUUAUGUGCGACCGAGGGACGUUCAGAAAUGAGUGAAAUCGUAAGGCGCGUCAGUCGUCCUUAGAAUGUGGCCGCUCCAUCGCAUCUGGAUUUGUUUCAAUAGAGCUCAUGUGUUUAGGAAACCGGAUGAUCAAAGACCUGGAUAUCCGCAGUACGCGGGCACAUAACCGCCUUGUCAGCUUAAGGUAAAAAUAUAUCGAUUUUAUCACAAACCUAGUCGAUGAGAAUCACCAACCUUGACGCCAAACAAAGCAAAGUAGUGUAACUGUGUAUGCCAAUGGGUGUUAGAAAAAGCCGACACAAUGACCAUUUGGAUGAUGAAUCACUGCUUCGUUGUCAGAAGACGUUGGUGCAAGCACCUGAUCUUCCGGAAACAACGCCGACCCAAAAUGGUGAUCACCUGCCCCACUCGUCUGGUAAUUGGUUGCCUCAGAGGAUGAAGAUGCGAUCACUGGAACAAGAAGUUUAUUUGCCUGACGUUUCGGAUUCUCACUCGAAUCCAUCAUCAGAGACAUUCGCAGACAGAGGUGAAGGUGGCGCCAGGAGUGCAGUAUUUAUAGCACGCGGCUGCCGUGGGACCGUAUGCGCACUGCAAUUAACAGUUCUCACAAUCGCCGCUGGGGUCAUAAUUGAUGCGGCGGUGGCUUGGCGGACCGAGUCCGAGUUGUUAAUUGCCGCGAUUUCGUCAUCCGUGCUCGAUGCUGGUGUGACGAUUGCUCGGCAAACUGGCUCACUGUCACCGUGAUAAUUGCUCACCCGCGCCCUCCCCAUGUGACUGAUUCUCCUGCCCAGGGAAAAUCGCAAUACGGAAUAGGCCACCGGGAGGUCAUUGUGUUUGUUGAUGGAUUGCGGGCCUGAGAACCAUGACUCGAGCAGCUCGCGGCUCACGCGGUUGUCACCUCUUGCGAGGAUUUCGACCUCUAGAAAUUUGAAAAUGUGGCUGGGUCCCGUCGAGUGUGCCGCCACCUGAAGGUUAGCGUCUCCCCGCCCCAAUGCGGCUGCGUGCUCGGCAAGUCGCGUACGGAGUAAUCUCCCAGUUUCUCCGACAUAAUUGCUUUGUACGCAAAUACACCAGAUCCGAUAAACGACUCCAGACGUGGCCCGGUGAGUAGAGGCGUCGACUUCUAAACCGACAGGUCGCGAGUUCAAGGCUCAGGUGUUCCACACUUCGGGCUUGGGUAUGGCUGGCUGACGACGGCUAAUAAGCCAGAAAUGGCCAUUCCAGUCUCCCUUGUCUUUGUCGGUAAUAUCAUUCUGACUCCAGACGUUUUCUGCCGUGGCAGCGGGUCUUUGGGCUUCAUUACUUGGCGCCUAACGGUUGCUUCCGGCCUGUGUGCAACCCGAACUCCAAGUGGAGUGAGAAGACGACUGACGGCUUCCGAGAUGUUCUUCACGUACGGAAGAGCUCGCCAAAAUUUGGAGCUAGUUGGAUUUGGUCACUGGUGUCCUUUUCGUAUACACUGGUUGACAAAGUUGCGCGGGUAGCCAUUGGCUCUCAUUACCUUUCGAGGAUAUUGUAAUUCAGCAACCUUGUCAUCCAUUUCACUGCAGUGCGUCUCAACGCGCCGAUAUAGCGCUCUUACGCAAUUGCGUUUGUGACUGAUCGGGUAGUUGCUAUUAAAGUUCAGUAUUUGCGUUAUAUUUGUCGCUUUCCUGAACACUUUGGUUUAUAGGCUGCCACAAUCUUUGCGGCAGACGGGGACAUCCAGGAAGGCCAGCUGAUUGUUUUCCUCCUCCUCCUCCUGUCAAAGUCGUGCGGUCGACAAGAUAAAGAUUCGAAUCAAAAGUCAGGGUAGACGGUUUGAGUUGGACAACCUUUACUGCCUGAGGAAGUGCGUACACAAGGGCUCUGUAGGCAGUUGCCGCAAGCGCGCUCCAAGCAAGCUGUUGUCUGUGUCCGCCUUCGAGGUUUUGUGUCCCCGCGUGUGUUCGCCCUUCGUUGUCUCAACCUCGCCAGCCAAUCAGAGUGGGGACAGCGUUGUUUGGCUUCGAGCACUCGCGCGGCCCAUCAGCGUAUCGACAUGGAGUGUGAGGCGGACAGGACGGCAGCAUGACAAAGGCGAAGGGUGAGGAGACGCGAACUGCUACACUCCAUCGUUAAUUGAAUGUCCGGGAUGACGGCGCUGAGUUGUUAUUUGAAAGUCAGCACCUGAUCCCCUUCGAUGACGACGAUGGUGUCAUCCACAUACCGGGCUCGGUUGAGCCAGAAGAAUUUAUUGCUGGUUGCUGGAAGACUUUAUCUGGUUGGGGGCCAGAGGUCAUGUGACCAAAGCCGAACACUGUCUCCCCGAUGCGCCCGCGAAGCUGAAUGCUGCUCACCUGAACAGAAAUGACCGAUUAGUCCACUGGCUAACGUGGGAGGGGCCAAGCUGCACGUUGAUUUGACCACAACUAAGCCGACCCCAAGGGGAACAAAGGUCACGCAGGCCUAACAGCGGUCAGCUCCGGGGAGGUCUAAGCCAGUCAGAGGCAAACAGGCAGGUCAAAGUUCGUGCGUCCAGCACGGCUAUAAUACGAAGCAAGCGGCAAGACUGAAUAACUCAAGACCCGCAAGUGCAAAAAUUACGCUAAUCCGAUGAUGAAAACGAGGACGUUUCCGAAACGUCAGAUCGAAUAUAUAUAUAUAUAUAUAUAUAUAUAUGAGAAGAAAAGGCGAUCUCGGGAACCAUAGUUUUACUGUCCUGACGUUUCAAAAGCAUGCAAGCUUCCAUCGUCGGAGGUGAGUGUGGUAUCGCGCCUCACAGUAUUUAUAGGUGGGUAUCAGUCAUGUCAAAACGGGUUUUCUUACAUAUGACCCACCACUCCUUCAUCCGGCGAAAAGACGCUCCAGGACUUCCUCCCCCCCGCCCCAUCCCCCCUCCCGCCCUGACUUCAUAUGUAAGAAAAACCGUUUUGACAUGACUGUUACCCACCUAUAAAUACUGUGAGGCGGAUGGAAGCUUGUAUGCUUUUGAAACGUCAGGACAGUAAAACUAUGGUUCCCGAGAUCGCCUUUUCUUCUCAAUUAUGUCCGGGGACGCGCAUCUUCGCUUCUAUUAGCAAUAUUUUCGGGCGCGAAGCGCUUGAGUCUGCACGACGUUGGGAAAUAUUCACGCUUCGUGUGUCUUCUACGUACGCGCAAAUACAAUUCCUCCACAGAUGCCUUGACAAUCAUGUGCUUCCGAAGAGCCUGUCGUACAGGCCACCGGUGAACACAAGUCUGGCCAAACGGUGGGUGGCUGAACAUGGCAGACGAAUGAUUCGGGCGCUUCUCCAAGAUUGCCACCUUCGAUUGCGUAAAUACAACAGGGUUUUGAGCCAGGCGGUUAAAAAGUGCGUCAAAAUCAUCGGUGAUGACGGAGUCGCGCAGUUGCAAGCAGUGAUUAAUAAACGGGCCCGGAACCUGCGAGCAACAAGAGAUGCCGAGCUGACGGUCAAGCUCCAAAGCAUAAGAAAAUCAUCUCAAGAGGAGAACGAAGUCCUGGUGCACAAUAUGUCCUCUAAGCAGCUGACUCCUGCACAAAUGAAAGUGCUGAGUCAUGAGGCUUGCUUCAACACCACAGACGCCGAUCCAGUCAAUCUUGUGGCCACGGUAGAGUCGAUUCUCAAACAAACCGGGGAAUCAGACGAAACAAAGCAUCUCAUUCGACAGCAGGUAGCCUCCUUGGCGAUGUCACACAAACCGCGUGCAACUAUUACCAAGGCCGAGCAGAGCGCUCUGAAGACACUGAGGGCUGACACCAGCAUCGCGAUUCUACCAGCCGACAAAGGGCGUUCCACAGUUGUGAUGGAUAAGGCGGACUACAUUCAGAAGGCCAAUGUCCUACUGGAGGACCGACAGGCGUACCUACCAUGUAACGAUGAACCGAUGAGGAGGCUGGUGACGCAACUGGACAAGACACUCGCCGACAUGCAAACGAACAAGGCAAUAAGUAAAUCGGUACGACUGGCCAUUAAGCCAGUAGACGCGGCCGCACCAAGGUUCUACGGACUACCAAAGGUACACAAAGCCGGGGUCCCCCUCCGGCCAAUCGUAUCACUGCGCGGCGCACCUACAUUCGAUUUGGCCAAAUGGCUGUUCCGAAACCUGAGGUCUCUCACCUCGAACGCGGGCACGACGGUCUGUUCAGCGACUCAGUUCCUGGAGCGGAUCAAAUGGAUGAGACUUACCGAAAACGAGGUCAUGGUGUCAUUCGACGUCACCUCUCUUUUCACCUCGAUCCCGAAAGACCUGACAAUCGAAACGGUCAGCGAGCUGAUCGAGAGUCUGUACGACGAGACGGACGUGACGGUAAAAAGGAGACAUCUAGUCCAAUUGCUGAGAUUCUGCCUGAAGACGUACUUUACCUUUGAAGGCACGACCUACGAGCAGGUCAAGGGGACGCCAAUGGGAUCGCCUCUCUCGGGCUUCAUCGCAGAGGCAGUUCUCCAAAAAGUAGAGACCCUCGUUUUCCCAAUCUAUAAGCCGAAAUUUUGGGCUCGAUAUGUCGAUGAUACCUUCGUUAUCAUUAAGCGGCAAAUGGUUAAGGAAUUCCAUGAUGCCCUGAACUCUGUUUUCCCUGACAUCCAGUUCACAAUGGAGGCGGAAGUCAACAAUCAACUCCCGUUCCUGGACGUUCUCGUCCAUCGAAACCCCAAUGGGCACCUUAAAACGACGGUAUAUAGGAAGGCCACUAAUACGCGCCAAAUCCUGAGCUUCCACAGUAAGCACACGUUAGGCCACAAACGCAGUUGUGUGCGAACACUCUACAGAAGGGCAGAAACACACUGCAGCGAGCCAGACGACAGAAGGUCAGAACUACGCUACCUCCAGCGCCUCUUCAUGGCCAACGGGUAUCCUCGCAACUUCAUCGAACGCGGCAGACACGGCGGACAGAGCCGACGUUUGGAGACAGAACGACCAACAAUAUGGCGGGCGCUUCCAUACAUCGUCGGCGUUUCUGAGGCCGUCUCGCGUCUCUUAAGACCGCUGGGGAUCGGCAUCGCCCACUGA